AUGAGCAAGCGUCAGGCAGACGCUCAGGCAGGAGAGGGUGAAGACUUCAGGAAGAAGAAGCUUUGGGGUGGCCGUUUCAGCGGCUCCGUUGACCCCUUGAUGCACGCCUACAAUGAGUCACUUUCCUACGACAAGCGCAUGUGGGCACAAGACAUCCGGGGAAGCAUCGCCUACGCCAACGCCAAUGUAGCAACUGGCAUCCUCACCGCCCAGGAGAGGGACCAGAUCGUCCAAGGUCUCGGCAAGGUCGGAGAGGAGUGGAAGAAUGGCACCUUUGUCGCUGCUGCCGAUGACGAGGAUAUUCAUACCGCCAAUGAGCGCCGCCUCAAGGAGCUCAUCGGUCCCGUUGCUGGAAAGCUGCACACUGGACGAUCCCGCAACGACCAGGUAGCCACAGAUGUACGACUUUGGCUCAUCGAUGAGGCUGCAGCCUCUGAGAAGUUCCUCAUUGAGCUCAUCAAGGUCAUCACUGCUCGAGCUCGUGUCGAGGUUGACCACCUCAUGCCCGGCUACACCCAUCUGCAGCGAGCGCAGCCCAUCCGAUGGUCCCACCUCCUCCUCUCGCAUGCCUCCAACCUCAUCUCUGACCUCUCGAGGCUACGCGAUCUUCUGCCCCGAAUCUCUGUCCUUCCUCUCGGCUCGGGACCUCUCGCGGGCAACCCCUUUGCCGGUCUGGACAGGGAGGCCAUCGCCAAGGAGCUCGGUUUCAAGACUGUAGGCUUCAAUUCGAUGCAGUCCGUCUCAGACCGAGACUUCAUCGUCGAGUUCCUGUUCUGGUCCAGCUUGACCAUGAUCCACAUCAGCAAGAUGGCCGAAGACUUUAUCAUCUACUCCACUUCUGAGUUUGGCUUCAUUCAGCUGAGCGACGCCUACUCUACCGGCUCCUCCAUCAUGCCCCAGAAGAAGAACCCAGACUCCCUGGAGCUUCUGCGUGGAAAGAGUGGACGUGUCUUUGGUCAGAUGAGCGGUCUGAUGAUGACACUCAAGGGUAUUCCCUCUACCUACAACAAGGACUUGCAAGAGGACAAGGAGCCCCUCUUUGACGCGGUCGAGACCAUCCAGCGCUCCCUGCAAAUCGCAACGGGUGUGAUUUCCACCAUGAACAUCUUCCCAGAAAAGAUGCGCGCCGCCCUCACCCCCGACAUGCUCGCCACGGACCUGGCAGAGUAUCUCGUUCGCAAGGGCAUUCCUUUCAGAGAGACGCACCACGUCUCUGGCUCUGCUGUUCGACUUUCAGAAGAGAAGAAGUGUCUGCUGAGCGAUCUGACCUUGGAGGAACUCAAGAAGCUCAACUCGGCCUUUGAAGAAGACGUAGAGGAUGUUUGGAAGAUGGACGAGAGUGUAGAGAGGAGGAACGCCAUUGGUGGUACUUCCAAGAGGGCCGUGCUGGAGCAGUGUGACCGAAUCGAGGCGCAGUUGGGAGCUUGAGCAGAAAGUACCGUGUCAUUGGGCAAGAGUCUUGCCAGGGAUUUACAUCAGUGUCAUCGCCAAAAAUUGCAUCGAUAGACCGAAUAGACAGCGUUGAUAUCGUGACUACUGUUACAAUGUGAAGAAUCAG